CAUACUUAUAAUACUUGUAUAAAUGUUCUGUGUAUAAUAAGAAAAGAUUCUUGUAUACUUGGUGAAAUUCUUGUUAAUAUAAUGCCUGACGUGACAAUUAACAAUGUUAUUGUUAAUUUUCCUUUCAAACCGUAUUCUGUUCAAGAAGAUUAUAUGGCAAAAGUGAUAGAAUGCCUUCAGAAUAGCAAAAAUGGGGUUUUAGAAUCUCCAACUGGUACAGGGAAAACAUUGUGCCUCUUAUGUUCCUCCUUAAGUUGGUUAUUAAUGAAGAAAGCUCAACUGCAAGCACAAGCAAUUGUAAGUGCAAUAGAGAAACCAAAUUUUGGAGGACAUUUCUUUAACAAGUUAAAUAAUGAACUUAAAGGAGCUACAGGUGAUUUAGAUCCUCCCAUCAAUUUUAUUUGGGCUGCACCAAAAAUAAUCUAUGCAUCUAGAACACAUUCUCAACUUUCACAAGCAAUGCAGGAGUUGAAAAGAAGUGCUUAUAAACAUACUAGUACCGCUGUAUUAGGAUCCAGGGAUCAACUUUGUAUUCACCCAGAAGUAUCCAAAGAGACUAAUAGUUCCAAUAAAAUACAUAUGUGUCAUUCUAAAAUAAAAUCUAGAACAUGUUUUUAUUAUAAUAAUGUUGAAACAAGGAAAGAAGAUCCUUUUUUUAAACAGGAAGUAUUAGAUAUAGAGGAUUUAGUAAAAGCUGGACAGAAAUUCAAGUGUUGCCCAUACUUUUUAUCUAAGGAACUUAAGCAGACUGCAGAUAUAACUUUUUUACCAUACAAUUAUAUAUUAGAUCCAAAAGCAAGAAGAUCCCAAGGCAUAGAUUUGCAGAAUAGUAUCAUUCUUUUAGAUGAAGCACACAAUAUUGAGAAAACUUGUGAAGAAGCAGCAUCAUUCCAGAUAUCUAGCACAGAUAUUGCAAUGUGUAUUGAUGAAAUAACAGCAGUAAUGGAAGAGAUGGCUCAUAGUAUACAAAAGGAAAAUGACUUUUUAAUGGAAAAUUCUGGGAAUGUACAAAAAGAUUUUACUGCGGAUGAUUUAUGUAUUUUAAAAGCUAUGUUUUUAGAAGUGGAGAAAGCUAUUGACUCUAUAAAAAUCAUAAAACAUAAAGAAGGAGACACGCUUCCUGGUGGCUAUAUUUUUGAAUUACUUGAAAAAGCUCAAUUAACGCAUGGUAAGGAACAACUAGUAAUAGAGAAACUAGAAAAGAUUGUUCUUUAUUUAACAACU